AUGUUUAUUGACUCGAAACUCUAUGCUCAUUCUAUGAGCAUUAUUCAAAAGGCCAACACUGCUGCAACACAACAACUAUACCUAGCCGAUGCAGCAACCUCAAACCUUCAGCCAGAGACUUCGCAGAUACAACUGCUAGAAACACGGCGGCCUUACAUUGGGAAGAAAGAGGUAAGUAAACGUGGGAAGCACCCCGUUCUGGUUAAUCAGCUGGCUGAAACGUCGUACUCCUUCGCCCUAGAGGUGAGAGGUGAAGAAUUUCUUUCCGAUCCUUGUGACAUACAGCAUGUGUGCGAGGCUAAAAAUAAAGCAGAGGAGAUCGUCACUAGAGUGGCAUAUUUGCUCAAGAAAGAUCCCAAAUGCGCAGGAAAGAAACCUUUACGCGAGUGGACAAAAAUGAUAGCCGCAAAGGAGAAUGUAUCCGAAAACGGUAAUCAGGUCGAUUAUCUGGAUUGA